AUGCGUCAAAGGAACCAUGAAAAUCGAAAGAAACAGGCAAUUCCUCACACUGGUGGCUCCAAAGCCAAUGCUACAAGAAGGGCUGAAAUGAUGGUCGAGACUGGACAAUCGCCUGGGCGAGGACAAAUGUACAAUGCUACUCAUAAGAAUCAAGAUGGAGUAUAUGUUAAUGAAGCGGCAAAAGAAAUAUAUAAAAAAAUUGAGUCAUCUUUGAGCCAAAGCACCAUAGAUAAGUCUCAAGUUUCGCCAAAUGAUGUUGUUGGUAAGGUGCUAGGGCAAGAGUACUCUGGAAGGGUGAGAUGUUUGGGAUUAGGAGCAGUUCUUAGUAGAGUUUUUCAACAAGUUAGACCUCGUUUUGGUGGUACAAGUGCAUCAAGUAGUGGAGGUUCUUGUUCGUUUCAAUGUCGAGAAAACUACAAUCAAAUACUGAGUGCUUUGAAGGCAUAUAUGAUGAUGAAAGAAAGAACGAUACCAGAACAAUUUGUGGGUCUCUUUGAUUCUCCUUCAAUGGUUUCUUCCACGGCACCAAGUGAUGCUGCUAGUGGGCCAACUUAG